AUGCGGUUGUGGAUGCGGGAAGGCAUGCGGAGGGUGCUGCUGAUGCUGGCACGGAUGCUGUUUUUUUCGAGGGAGAGGACGCUCUGGAGGACGCCUCGUCAUCAGCUUGGCGGCACGAAUAAACGCACCAGGGUGGUCGUCUCGGACGAUGACAGCCCGGAUGAGGAGAAUCCACCAGAGCGACGACGCCGCUUCACCACAGCCGAGAAGGGGAAGAGAAAGAAGAAGAAGUCCAAAGCGAAGGAGGACAAGGGGAAGGACGCCAUCGCCGUCAACGAGGUUUGCUGUUCCGACAAUGAGCACUUGGGGGGGGGGGGGCGGGAGGAGGAGAAGGAGGAGGAGGAGGAGGAGGAGGAGGAAGAGGAGGAGGAGGAGGAGGAGAAGGAGGAGGAGGAGGAGAAGGAGGAGGAGGAGGAGGAGGAAGAGGAGGAGGAGGAGGAGGAGGAGGAGGAGGAGGAGGAGGAGGAGGAGGAGGAGGAGGAGGAGGAGGAGGAGGAGGAGGAGGAGAAGGAGCUGGAGGCCGACGGCGUCAGGGAAGUCGGCGUGGCGACUGGGCUGGAGAUGCUCUACGCAGAAACCCCCUGCUACCGUGGAGCUGCGGCCGAGGCUGAUCGCCUCGUGGAGCCGUCAAAGACGGCCAAGCACACCUGA